UGUUUGACGGUGUGUAUAAAGAAGGUAUAAAGUAUUCAGAACUUCAAAUCUGAUUUCAGAAGUGGUUCAGAUCAGAACUCAAAGGUCAGAAUGCUCAAUGCGAAAUUCCUCGAAAAGAUUCGCUAAAAAAGUUUUUUAGAUUAUCUUUUAAUCUAGUUUUGUUUUAUUUAAAAAAAAUGUACGUCAAAGUUAGAUUUGUCGGUCAUCCCGACGUUGUUAUCCCAGUUGAUUCUAUGCUUACAAAGAUAGAGGAAUUUAGACUUAUAAUAUUGGACAAAUUUAAAGUGCAGCCUGAACGACAACACUUGAUUUAUUCUGGAAAGCUGCUGGAAGACGGGUAUACAUUCUACGACUACAAUAUUAGGCUCAACAAUGUUAUACAACUAAUAGAAAAAAGUCUACCAGGUGAAACAAAAAAUAGUCAAGCAACAACUAAAGAGGUGGAGAAAGAAGAACCUAAUGAAGAGAAAAUAGAAUAUGAAGAUGCCAUCAGUACAUUUUAUAAAGUGGGUGACUUGGUUGAUGCAAGAGAAAGUGAAGGCUAUUGGUCGGAGGGUAAAAUAACUAGAAUAGUAUCAGACCCCAAAGAACAGGACAAUGUGUCUUCAAAUAAUAGUGACGUGGAAGAUAUUUCCAAUGAAAACAUUUUAUAUCAAGUGACAUUUGAUAACAAUCCAGAUGACCCUGUAUUUUGCAAACCAUCAGACGUGAGGCCAAGAGCCCGUAAGGUUAUUAGUCCAGGUGACUUGAAAGCGGGCCAGACUGUUAUGAUUAACUUUAACCUGGACAAACCAGGGGAAGUAGGAUAUUGGUAUGACUUCAAAGUGGAACAGAUAUUGAAAAUGAAAAGAACAUACAACCUUAUUGGAACAUUGUACUUAGGACUAGAGUCUGUACCACAAAAUGAUACUAAAGUACAGGUCAAAGAUAAAAUAUUUGCUAUAGAGAAACCAAUACCUUUGGAGGAGAGAAGUCAGGAGUAUAUAAAAAAGACCUCAGUUGCACCACCAAAAAGAAGCAGCCCGUUCCUUUGUGACAAGUGUCGCGAUGAUCGCGACGUGGACUGUAAAUAUUGUGGAUGUUACACUUGCGCUGGGAAAGAAAGCCCUGACGAGAUUUUACUUUGCGACGAAUGUGAGCACGGCUUCCACAUGAAGUGCCUGGUGCCGCCUCUGACGGCGGUGCCGGACGACGACUGGUACUGCGCGGACUGCAAGCGCGACGUCAACGACGUGGUGGCGCCCGGCGCCGCGCAGCAGGCCAAGAAGGCCAGGGCGGGCCCUGGCCGCGACUGGGGCCGAGGGAUGGCCUGUGUGGGAAGAACAAAAGAUAGUGACAUGCCAGCUGAUCACUUUGGUCCUAUACCGGGUAUAGAAGUGGGCAUGUCCUGGCUAUAUCGCAUACAGGUCUCAGAAACUGGGCUUCAUAGACCGUCAGUAGCAGGCAUACAUGGUCGAGCCAAUGUAGGCGCUUUCAGCAUAGUGUUAUCAGGUGGUUACGAAGAUGACGUGGACAACGGCAACGAGUUCACGUAUACGGGCAGCGGCGGGCGCGACCUGAGCGGCAACAAGCGCACCGCGGGCCAGUCGUGCGACCAGGAGUUCUCGCGCUCCAACCAAGCUCUGGCUUGCAACUGCGCAGCGCCACUGAACCCCAAGGGCGCAGACGCGGGCGCGAAGUGGCGCGACGGGAAGCCGGUUCGAGUCCUGCGCUCGGUCAAAAUGAUGAAGGUGUCUAAAUACGCGCCCAAAGAAGGUAUACGGUAUGAUGGAAUUUAUAAAGUAGUGAAGUACUAUGCGGAGAAGGGUCUAGCUGGAUUCCAAGUGUACAAAUACCAUCUACGCAGAGAUGACCCGAACCCGGCACCAUGGGAGAAGAAAGCGAAAAAGUACCCUAUUGAGUACCCAGACGGAUAUUUGGAAGCCAAAAUGAAGAAAGACGCGGGCAAACAGACUCUCAAAACACUUCUGACAUCAAAUGACGAUGCUGACGUCAGCAAGUCAUCGGAUAGCCUCGACAACACUAUAUCUGAUAUAACUAACACUGAUAGCAAUAGAACUAGAAAACGGAAACGUUCCAUGGACGACGAGACCAAAGAAAACGAUGAAAGCGAGCCUAUUGCUAAAAAAGCUUCAGUUUUGACAUCAAACUCUUCCCAAGAGACAUUGUCUCUCACCGAGGACGAACAGAACGCAAUCAAUACGGACCAAAAGAAUGCUAAACUGUGGCAAGAAUGCCUUAAAAUCAAUGAAUCGAGAACGAAAUUCAUAGACCAAGUGCAGCAAGUGUUCCGCUGCAUCAUAUGCCAGGGGCUGGCUAUAUCCCCUGUCACAACGCCUUGCCUGCACAACUUCUGUCUGAAUUGUAUAAAGCGUGCCUUCAAAGUGACAGAUUCGAAGUCGUGUCCAUGCUGUCGACAGUCAUUGGCGGACUUCGAAAUCACAAAGAACACGCACCUCAUGGGUGCACUACGAAUUUUCCUUCCCGGAUACGACGCUGCACAGAAGUAGUGCAUACCAACAUGUAGCACAUAAGUACAAAAUAGAUAGGUAUUUCAGUUCCAAUAUAAUAUAAGUAGAUAUAAUUUUAGAAUAAUUAUAAGGUAUUUUAGAAUUUAAACUAUCGUGAGUGUUAUUCAUAUUAAAUGAUUAUGAAACACGGCUAAAACUCACGUGAUAUUAGGUCGGAGUAUGCCCGACUAGUUUCGAACCCAUACGGGGCCCUUAGUCAUGAGCUGGUUUUUGCAUCGCGGCACGAUCCGAACUUCGAUCGAGUUACUCGUCGACCUAAUAUCACUUGAGUUUUAGCCGUGUUUCAUAAUCAUUUAAUAAUUAUAAGGUAUAGUCGCAUGCAGUCUUUAUGACGCUUUUUUAUCCUUUACAAGCUAAGCCUUGACUACAAUCUCACCUGAUAGUAAGUGAUGAUGUAAUAUUACAUGGAAGCGGGCCACCUUUUUAAGAGUAGGAUGAAAUCCACACCCCUUUCGGUUUGUACACGAUAAAAAAACAAAAUUCAUUUAUUUCAAUUAGGCUUACUUCAUCAACCCAUAUUCAGCUCACUGCUGAGCCGAAUAUGGGUUGAUGACGACGAGGCUUACUUUGCAAGAACUUUUGAAAGGUCAGGAUUAUGUCAUAAUUUAUUUUAAUGUAAUGGUGGUAAUAAUAGUCGAAAACUUAAAAUUAAAGUUACGAGGGUUCCAAACGCGCCUUGGUCUGAUAUUGUACCGGAACGCUAAAUCUCUUGGCGGUACUUCUUUGUUGGGUGUAUAGCCACGGCCGAAGCCUCUUCCAGCCAAAACGCCUCGAAAUAUCGUGUGUUAAGCUGCUCAAUACAAAGUUUUAGAUAUCAACAGUAACGUAGGGGCGCGAUGCUUACUUUAUGAACGACUUGUGCUUAGCGACAGCUGCAGCCUAUUUCCGAGACGUCAUAAAAAAUGCAUCCGAUUAUAUCAUAACGCGACGUCGCGUGAUGUAGCAAUUAACGUGUUAAUAUCUAUAGUGCCUUUAAACAGGCAAUUAUUGUAUGUAUUUAAUAAUCUGAAUCUCGGAAACGGCUCCAACGAUUUUCAUGAAAUGUAGUAUGAAGUAGAAUUUUCUAAAAAUUAAACACAUUUAUCAAAAAUAACCACCCAACCGUAGCCCGACACGCGCAGUUUAGGGUUCCGUAGAUUAAGUUAGCACUUAAAUCCCUUAAACAAUGCACAAAAAUACCGAUAACAAUACCCCACCAUGGGAUAGGCAAUAAAAAAUGUAGGGAAAGAACCCCAAAUAUAUAUUUUUAAUUUUUUUCUUACUACUUUAUUGAACAAAAUAAAUAUUCAUACCCAAAUGAAAAUUCAGCUUACUAGUUUUAACAGACUGAGUUAACUUACUGACAACUUUAUCUUAUUACAACGGAAUUAAUAUACAAUUUUAAAUUUUACAAUUACGUUUUUUAAGUUGGUCGAUUAUUACUCUUUAAAUAGCAAUUGCUACUUAGCUGUUAUAGUUUUACGGUACCCCACACCAUAAAUAUAUUAUAUACCCACAUAUUAUACCCACUUUACAUGUAGGUAUAAAAACAAAAAAAUAUAUAUUUUUCAAGACUUUACUUUAUGACUUAGUUCACAUUUUUAAUGUACUCAUGAUAACUUACAGCUUUCUAGUAGUAAUAAUCUCUGCGCUAAACCGACAGACUGAUAUGUCGAAACUAUAAGGGUCCCUUGUAGACUACGGAGUCCUGAAAAUGGUCAUCCAUACUAUUUGAGAUAACUGAAAAAUUAUUCAUUGAAUUGUUUUGUGAUGUCAAAAUUGUACAAUUUUUAAAGUAGACACAAAUCAGUUGUCUAUUUACUUCCCAGUUUGUUGUCUAUGGAAUAGUCAUUAGUGUCAAUACAAUAUACCAAACCUCAACCAUGUAUUUUGUAGUGUAGUUUUUCUAUAGAUAUAAGCAUGUUGCUGAUAUACAAGUAUUACUAUAAAAUCUAGAAGUAACAUGAUCUGUGUUUUUUAUAAAUCAUGUUUUUUUAGUUAAAAGAACUUGUAACGCCAUCUCGUACAAUUUUAAAGUACUAACGCUCGUUGAAUACCUCAUACUUUUUUUCAAUUUACAAGAUGGCAUUUGUAUUGUGAUGUAUGUGUAUCUUUAACUAAUAGUAUAGAUAUUAAAUUAGUGCCUUUUUAGUAUGUCCUGAGAAAAUAUCCUGUUAUCUUAGACCAAUUAUUGUAUAGGACCUGCCUCGCUAGACUUUACUUUUCUGUCAAAGUAUAUGAUCAACGAUCUAAUGCGAUUAUAGAAUCUGUCUCUAUAGUAUCGAUGUUAAAUAGUUGUAAUCGUGUUCGUCGGUUAAAGAGCUCCGUAAAAAUACCUUUUUGUGUAGUUGAACUGUGUAAAAAACGGGCGAAAACUUCCAGUUUAGUAUAAAUUAUAAACCAAAUCUAAGCUUGUUUUCUUCAGAAAAUGACAGACAAUUUUGUUCGUGACUAUGAGUGCGAUACAGGUCCUUCUAUAAUUGGUCUGAGCCUGUAAUAGAUUAAAAUAGUUCCGGUGUUCAAUUAUUUUUUAUUUAAGUGCAUGAAUUUAUUGAUUUCAUUCUAGAAAAUAAAAUCAAAAUUUUGGAAUCACAGGAUUGAAACCAUUUUAAACCUGUAAUAAUAUAUGCAAUUAAACGUCAGUGAUUUUAUGACACCUACUUCUUACAUUCUAACUGUUUUUCUGUUAAGUUUCCUAUUUUUUAAUAUUUGAUUGUUAUGUGUAAUUAAUUUUUACAUAAUACUUAUUACUGUAAUUUUUUUUUCGUUUUAAAAGUAUGCCAAUAGUAGAGCAAUGGGCAUGUCCCAAUUUGUAUGGAGGGAGGCUUAUAACCCAAAUUAAAAAAAAAAUUUCAUCCUCAUUUUUUUAAAUUAAUUUAUUAAAAUGUAUUUUGUUCAUUAGCUGACAACAUUUCAGUGAUCUUCACGAAGAAGCGAUCGUUUAUGGAUUUUAAACCAAUUUAAGGAUUUUUUUUUGUUUAAUGUCUCUCUGUCUACGAUUUAAUGUUUCUUUUUAACUUGUGGCUUAUUGACAUUUGACAAUAUUACAUGACAUUGACAGAUUACACCGGAUAUUGAUUAAAUUUCUGAUGUUUAAUUUGUAGACAAGAGCGAAACAAAAAAAAAUAGUUUAUCUAAUUAAUGCGGGUUCUAAAAUUCUGAAAAGUAUUUUUUCAACAGCAAUUUGUAUCUUCUAUCCGUAAAAUAUACUAUCGACCUGCUAUAAAUAAAUUAUAAAUAAUAAAGGCCCAUUUUGGAACAUGUCCUUUGUAGAAGUAACAAUGAAGCUAUGAUUAUUACUUGCGGAAAUACAGGGAUGUCUUCGCGGCGCUGCAGUAGGUCGCUCAAAUGCGCCCCAUACUAAAUACUGUAAAGUAGGGUAGUUGACUCAUAUAAAAGUUAAUAUAAACAAUAUUAAUUUCGAAUAGUACAUAAAUAAUGUUCCGAAAUAUAUCAAUAUAAAUUAAUAAAAGUUAAAGGAUUUCAUAGAAAACUUAAUUUAAAAAUUAUGUAUUCAUUAAAUUGUUCCAAACUUCAAAAAACUAUGUCGUCCAUUUUGUGACGUCACGAUGUUAACUAGAUGAAUAAACGGGUAAAUAAUUAUUAUCUAAUAAUUUUGUCAAACAAUCCGAUUCGUUAGGGUUUAGUGUUUACGUGACGUCAUGAAACAGUUAAAAUAUAGGCCUUCAUGGCCGACAGUCCACUGACUGUCGAAUUUUUGAAUAUUUUUUCUCACAAAAACAUAUUUUAUUUCAAUUUAGUAGAACGCUAAAAAACAAUUUAAGACCCUUUAAAAAAGUAUCAACUAGCCCAUUAUGCCGUCACAAAGACGUAAAUUCAUUGGAUUUGUAUGGACGUUUAAAAAAAAACUACAAAUGUCUUUGCAUGCAUUUAUGUUUAUACUUCU